AUGAUCUGCGCUGGCUGGACGGUUCUCACUGUCAUCUUCUACACUAUUGCUAGAAUCAGAUUCCUGGAUAGUGUGUCGAUCGGCUACGUUCAUGUUGCCCUCGAAACUGUGGCUGUUCUUUCAUGGCUCGCUAGUUUCAUUGCUGUAGCUGUUCAGGUUUCAACUGACACAUAUUCGACCGGGAAAACCCCAUGUAAGAUUCUCAUUGUGGCAACGGCCUUUGGUGCGCUCGAGUGA